CCACUUUGCAGUUAGAGGGUUGCACACUGCACUUCUUUGGGCACAACCUAUUCAAGCUUUAAGCAACUCAAACUGGACUACGGAAUGGUGUUGAAUUGUACAGAGAUAGAUGGCAUACUGGCAAAGUUCUACCUGUCACCAUCUUAUGGACUCGAGUUCUGCAUCGGUUUCCCUGGGAACCUUAUGGUCGUACUUGGCUACCUAUUUUGUCUACCCAAAUGGCAGAGCUGCAAUGUUUAUCUUUUCAACCUGGCAAUCUCUGACCUCAUCUUCCUCUGCACGCUGCCACGCCUCUCCUACCUCUAUGCCAACCACCAGAGGGAGACCAGCUACUAUGCUUGCAUCAUCAACCGCUACGUGCUGCAUGUCAAUCUCUACUCAUCCAUUUUGUUUAUGGUCUGGCUGAGCAUGGAUCGCUAUUUGCUCGUGCGGCAUCCGGCGCGGAACCACUUCCUGCUGAAGCCGCGGGCGGCGCUGGUGGUGACCGGGUUGAGCUGGCUUGGUGUCAAUGUGGAAGUGAUCCCCAUGAUAGCGCUGAUGCUCCAGGACUUGCGGAGUGGAAACUGGAGUCGCUGCAAUGACUUUGCCAGCCUCCAGGGUGAUGUCAGUGCUUUGGGCUACAGCAUGGGGCUCACCUUAACAGGCUACAUUCUACCUCUGCUCGGACUCUGUGGUUUCUCCCACCGGAUUGCACAGCUACUGCAGACACAAGAAAUGGCUUUUCAUCGCAGCACAACACAGUACAAGCGAGCUCUCAGGGUGAUGGCUUCGGCAUCUGCCAUGUUUCUGGUUCUGUACACCCCAUACCACGUGAUGAGAAAUGUCAGGAUUGCAUCCCGGCAGGCUUGGGCAGGGGCGCAGUUGUGUACAAGGAUGUACAUCGAGGGCCUCUACAUCUUGACUCGACCGUUGGCCUUCUUGCACAGCGUUAUCAACCCAGUCUUUUACUUCCUCAUGGGGGACAAGUUCAGAAAGUUCCUACUCGCAAAGUGUAGAAAGCUAGCCAGAAAAACAACCCAGCCGAGAGAACCGGUGUGAACAACUGAACACAAUGCACAUAGCACGUAUUCUAUUUGCUAAUUUACUGUGCACUUGACCUACAUACGCCUCUAAAAAGUGGCACCAAACAGUUGAAACUGCUACACUGCAUGAUGUCAGCCAAGACAUGAGCAUAUCACACGAGACCUAAGCAAAUCUAAGCAACUAAGGGUUAAUUAUUUAUUUUUGUCGGUUUUUACAUUUUCCAAAACAUUGCAGAAGAUGGCAUGACGUCAUUGCACAAGACCUCAGCGUUCCUCAUGUGAGCUCCAUUCAGCAGUGAUUCAUAACUAGAACUGCCUGAGUGUUCAGCUUUUUGUGUGUGCAAAAAUGCCAAAAGAAGGCACAUCCUCACAAAUGGCUGUUAAGAAUGUAAACAAAGAAAAAUAUGCACAAGUUAUGGAAAAUAAGCAGACGCACAUUCAAAGCCAUACGACACCACUAUCACAUAUGUGCAGGUGGAGGGUUUAGCUGUUUUUACAUGUAAACAGUGAUUGACUUCAUUAUGACCUUUCCGAUAAUGUUCAGACUUUUUGUGAAAUAUUGCUUUAAAUGUGUCGUUAAUAAAGGUAAUAAGAUGGUGACCGUUUUAUUCUGUAAUAGAUCAGUUCAAUUUUCCUUAUUUUCUAA